GGAAGUAGUCGCUGCCGCCAUUGUGCGGCGCUCGUCCAGUCGAAGGGUGUCAGCUGCGGUCAGCGCUUUGGGCUGUCGUCGUAGUUUCUUGGUUUCCUAUCCGCGGAGCCCGGCGGGACUGGGACUCCCGUCCGUGCCGGUGCGGGCGCCGGCAUGUGGCUAUGGGAGGAACAGGGGGGCCUCAUGGGCCCCUUCUCCUUCUUGAUGAUGAUGCUGCUGCUGGUGACGCGCAGUCCCUUCAAUGCUUGCCUCUUCACCGGCAGCCUCUACCUUCUGCUGCGGCUCUUCAGCUUUGAGCCGGUGCCCUCCCGCAGGGCCAUGCAGGUGCUCAAGCCCCGGGACCGCGUCUCCGUCAUCGCCCACCGCGGCGGCGGCCACGACGCGCCCGAGAACACGCUGGCGGCCAUUCGGCAGGCAGCUAAGAAUGGAGCAACAGGCGUGGAGUUGGACCUUGAGUUUACUUCUGAUGGGAUUCCUGUCUUAAUGCACGAUAGCACAGUAGAUAGGACAACUGACGGCACCGGUCGAUUGUGUGAUUUGACAUUUGAACAAAUUAGGAAGCUUAAUCCUGCAGCAAAUCACAGAUUAAGGAGUGAUUUCCCUGAUGAAAAGAUUCCUACCCUGAGAGAAGCUGUUGCAGAGUGCCUAAACCGUAACCUCACAAUCUUCUUUGAUGUCAAAGGCUAUGCAAAUAUGGCUACUGAUGCUCUGAAGAAAAUAUAUAUGGAGUUUCCUCAACUAUACAAUAAUAGUAUUGUCUGCUCUUUCUUGCCAGAAGUUAUCUAUAAGAUGAGACAAGCAGAUCAGAAUGUAGUAACAGCUUUAAUUCACAGACCUUGGAGCCUUAGCCAUACAGGAGAUGGGAAACCACGCUUUGCUGCUUUCUGGAAACAGUCCAUGUUUGUGGCAUUGGACAUUUUGCUCGAUUGGAGUAUGCAUAAUAUCUUGUGGUACUUGUGUGGAAUUUCAGCUUUCCUCAUACAAAAGGAUUUUGUAUCUCCGGACUACUUGAAGAAGUGGUCAGCUAAAGGCAUUCAGGUUGUUGCUUGGACUGUUAAUACUUUUGAUGAAAAAAGUUACUAUGAAUCCCAUCUUGGUUCCAGCUAUAUCACCGACAGCAUGUUGGAAGACUGCACACCUCACUUCUAGACUUUUCCCCCAGGGAGGAAACACAGAUGAGGAAAUUUGGACACAAAGGUACACCAGGAUGUGUGCACCGAGGAAAGACCAUGUGAGGACACAGCGAGAAGGUGGCCAUCUACAGGCCAAGGAGAGAGGCCUCAGAAUGAAACCAAAACUGUGGACACCGACUGUGGACACCUUGAUCUUAGACUUCCCACCUCUGGAACUGUGAAAAAAAUGAAUUUGUGUUGUUUAAGCCUCCAGUCUGUGCUAUGGGUUAUGGCAGCUCUAGCAAACUAAUAUAUCCCCUAUAUCUCAAGACUAAGGAUGUGAGGAUGUUACACACAUCCAAAUGUGUGUGUGAGACCUACAGACUAGAUCUUUCUACUGUGUCUCCUCCUCCAGGAGAAGCAGGGGCUACACUGAAGUAAAGAUAAGAGGUGAAUGGAGAAGCAGUCCGGAUAUAAGCCCUGAGCAUAUGGGAAGUGAGCAAAAAUGAUGCUUCCAGAGGGAGUUCACAUUUCAGUGCAGAAGCACAGAUAGCAUUAGGAUAACACAGAGGGGAAAAAAAUCCCAUCAAACAUCAAUUCCACAGACUGCCUUCACUGACCCCACAGACAAGUUAAGUCUCCCGUCGUCCCUUGGGCUUCUCCUUCAUGGCACCUGCUAUAAGUAAUUACUGUUUAAUUAUUAAGUUCCUGCCAAAAGUGAUGUGCUAGACAGUAUAUGAGAGUGGAGGCUGUGUCUUGACUUGUGCACCAUCUUGUUCCCCACCACGUGGUACAUAUUUGUUGAACGAAGGGAUGAACGAAGAAGCACUUCUAGCAACCACUAGCAAAGAUGGUACCAAAAGAACUGAAUUCAGCUGAUGAAUGAUUUAGUGAGCAAAUAAGUCAAUGAAGAAGUGAACCAAUGACUGAGCACUGACUGGAUGUUUGUGUUUUAAAUUCGUCUUAAAUGUUUUCUAAAUUCAGUUCCCAUUAGAUUUCAUGACAGUGAUUACCCAAGAGGAGAUUUCUCCUCCCGAGUAAUUUGGUAAUGGCAGUUUUCUGCUGGGCUCUUCCGUUUUAAGUAGAGUCAGGUGCCUUGUGAAUCAUUUAGGAAAUUGCAAAAAAAUGCUUUAUACAUGUAUGUGUGCAUAUGUACACACACACACAUAUACAUACACAUACAUAUUCAAUAUAUAUAUUCCACACAUCACCACCGAUUUCAUGUUUGGUUCAACGUAAGACUCUGAUGAUCAUGUAUAAAACCUCACAGGGGUAGAGUCCCAGUCCACACAUGCCCACCCCAGUCCAAUCCAAAAGACUCAUGUACUCAAUGUGCAGUAAAGUUCAUAGACGAGCCCUCUGGUUGUUUCUCACCUUUGGGAAAAAUGGGGAUGUUUUCAGUGCAAAGUCAUGAACAAAUGCACGUUCCAAAAUUCAGAGGCUUCACAUCCCUGAUCGAGGGUCACAUUUUUAUUCAGACUGGACCAUUUGUCUUAGCACCAGUCUCCAAACCUUUGCCAGGUCUGGGAGUUCUGGGAGCGGCGAUUUCUAAGGAUCAAUCAUUCAUAUGCGUCUCUCUUAAACUACAACUCUUCCCAGGUUUUUGUGAACUAGUUCAAAUAUUACAACAAUCUUUACUGGAAAAUCUCAAAUAUUUUGUCUGGAAAAAUCAGCAAUUCAGGUGUAAAAACAACAGCAGGGAGUGCCCAAUUUUACUUCUGUAUUUACAUUGUAGUCAGUUUCCACUCCUGGCUACAGGCUUGAAUUUCCCAUCUGGGAAUCUCCUAAAGGCCCAGGUGUCAUGGAGGAAGCUGCUCCAUCUUCAUCUUCUCUCCUUAUUUGGUUGGUGUCUGGGUACCACAAUAAUUAUCAGGCCUUUGGAUUAUCUUCUUGAACUGAUCGCCUAAAUCGCAGGUCUGGGUUUGAUACAGGAGAAGAGAAGUUAGCACAGAGGCACACUGCCCCAUAUCUCCAAGGGAAAAACCAAAUUAGCUUUCAAGAUCCCGCAGCUUCUCAGGCCUUCCUUGCCUCCUCCUUUUAAGUUUCUUCAAUUCUCUCCCUUGAACUCCCAUCAUUGGAUGCUGUCAGUGAACGCUAUUCCAAAAAGAUGAAUGGGUUUAUUUGUUUGUUUCCUCCCCAAUAUUCAUUCCCCUCCUGGCAUCAGCCACAUGUUUUCUUUGGAAAGCCACCCUUCUCCACUCUCUCAGUCCCUGUGGUCUGUAUGUUUGUACCACCUGUAUCUAGAGAUGAGGUCUGCGACUCAGAUCUGGCCAAUGAAAUCAUCACAGUCUCUUGGCCACAGCAAUUGUUUCAGAUCCAAUGAAACACAAUGAGAAUCUGGAUCUCUUUCACACUAGACUUGAAUCUGAGAAGAUACAAGAAGCUAAGAAAGCUGUCUUGUAAUUAUCAGGAGAUAACGUGGAAAAGAACUGAACAGAAAGAAACCAGGUUCUGCCAACAUACUGUGAGACCCUGCUUCUGGCCACACCUAAAGCAAGAAUUAUUGUUGAGUUUUGGCUAAAGCCAGUUUGGGCCAGUUCUUGCAAUUGAACGAGUGACUGAUACAGGAGCAGUUCUGACCCUCUGUCUUGGGACUUAUCAUCUGGAUGAAUUAGGCCUUACUCAGUGCCAGUCGGGUACUCACCUCGAGCAGCGUCAUGCUCUCUGACACGCAGAGGACCAGAUUGCUAAAAAAGAAGAAAACAAGAAAUCUCAUCACUGGAAGAGAGUGUACACCUCAGAUCCUGCUGCAUCAGUGGUGAGACUUGUGAGACCUCACCAUUUUAAUAUUAACAGGUGACAGAUUAAGACCAAGAUUCAGCCAUAGAAAUAUCAAACAUGUUUCAAUUUUUAUGGGCAGUGAUUCCAUUCAUUUAAUCAUUCAUUUCACAGAUAUUUACUGAGCAUUUACAAUAUAUACCAGGUAAUAUAUUAGGACCUGCAAAGGUACACUCAUAAUCCUUGCCUUCAAAGGUGGGCCUCUAGAUCCCUUACCUAUGUUGUGCUGAUGGUAUUAAUUUGAACAGGCAGUAAACGACAUGGCAGUCUCUUCUGACAAGAUCAUAACUUCUAAAACUAGUAGCAUUUGAAUUAACGUGGGUUUACUGUUUAUCCACAUUUUCUAGGACACCAAGGAAGCCAGCACAGGCUUUGGUAUUAGAGCAGGAUUCCAGGCAUCUCUUGUUAAGAAUGAAAUUGGUAAAAAUCUUUUUAAGAGCGUGAUAUGGCAAUAUCUGUUAACAUUAUCAUGUGCAUACCUAUGGCAGAUAAAACACUCACAUAAAACAAUUAUAAUAAAAAAUGUUUCAUUACACAUCGUUUUUAGUAGUAAAAAGAAAACAAACUAAACAACCCAAAUGUCCAAGUAGGUACAGACUGAAACAGUGUCUGAGAUACAGUAUUAAGCGGGGAGAGGGGGAGCGUUGUGUAAAAUGUAACCCCUUUUUUGUAAUAAAUAAACAAGAAUGUUAGUAGAUGCAUGCUUGUUUGCAGCCUGGGGGAAAGAUCCGGAAGAAUACACACUGAAGCAUUAACCUAGUGGGGUGAGAUUUCAAGCCAUUUUUCAUCUCAGUGGGAUAUAUUUCUGUUUGGUUGGGUUAUGGAAAGGAUGCAGGCAAGCCCCACGAGGGUAGAGCCCUACUGUGGUACCAUGAUAACCCCAGAACCUAGAAUGGGGCCAGGCAUAGAACAUGGUGAAUGCAUAUUAUUUAUUUAUUUAUUUAUUUUGUGGUACGCGGGCCUCUCACUGUUGUGGCCUCUCCCACUGCGGAGCACAGGCUCCAGACGUGCAGGCUCAACGGCCAUGGCUCAUGGGCCCAGCUGCUCCGCGGCACGUGGGAUCUUCCCGGACCGGGGCACGAACCCUUGUCCCCUGCAUCGGCAGGCGGACUCUCAACCACCGCACCACCAGGGAAGCCCGCGUAUUAUUUUUUUUUAAUAAAAAAUACAGAAAUGUUAAAACACAGAAAGUGAAGUGCCCUGAUGUGAUUCUGGUUUCCUGAUGCACUUUUCCCAGGAGGGCAAAUCUGUGUCACAGGGAUCCCAAGGCGGCUUCCAGCCUCACCUCCACGUCUCUCGUGUCUGGCGUAAACAAGGCGGGGCUUGCUCUCUUCUCCAUAUCCUGCAGCUUGAUCAGCUUUUCUAUCAGGAACAUUUUGUCCUUGCCCUCCUGCCAAGAAGGAAAACAAAAACAAAAACAUGGAGGAUGAAUGAUGGUGUGGGGCUGGGAAGUAAAUGAUGGAAAGGUUGAUUUUUAGGCAGGUAGGGUCCUGGACAUUGGCUUCGCCACCAGGGAAGCCCAGUUUCCUUAAUUUUCCUUAAUUUUAAAAUAGAGGUUAAAGAAAUAAAUGUGCUCGGGACUUCCCUGGUGGCGCAGUGGUUAAGAAUCUGCCUGCCAAUGCAGGGACACGGGUUCAAGCCCUGGUCCGGGAAGAUUCCACAUGCCGCGGAGCCACUAAGCCCGUGCGCCACAACUACUGAAGCCUGCGCGCCUACAGCCCUUGCUCCCCAGCAAGAGAAGCCACCACAAUGAGAAGCCCGUGCGCAAUGAAGAGUGGCCCCCGCUCGCCGCAAUUAGAGAAAAACCCACUCGCAGCAAUGAGGACCCAACGCAGCCAAAAAUAAAUUAAAUAAAUUAAAACUUGCUAAAAAACAAGAAAAAAGAAAUAAAUGUGCUAAACACCACCGCAGGGUUACAAAUCAGAUAUAUCCAGAAUGUGGGAACGACUACAAGACAAAAGACCUGGUUUCUCCAACAAUAAAUGGCAAGAGAAGCAGGAAGUGUGAACAGCUACAGAUUGAAAGAAAUGUAAACAACACAUCAACCAAAUGCAACAUGUGACACUUUUUCAGAUUUUGACUUGAGUAAUCCUGCCGUAAAAAGGCAAUGCGGGCUUCCCUUGGUGGCGCAGUGGUUGAGUCCGCCUGCCGAUGCAGGGGACACGGGUUCGUGCCCCGGUCCGGGAAGAUCCCACAUGCCGCGGAGCGGCUGGGCCGGUGAGCCA